AUGCACGUCCAAACCACCUGGGUUGCCCUCCUGGCCACCCUUCCCACUGCGUUUGCUUUCUGGCCCACCUACUAUUCCCAGAAUGCCAACAAUGCCAACAACGUCGGCAGUGUCAACAGUGUCAACCCUCACAGCAAUGACGAGCCCAAUGUAACGAUCGAGACGGUGUUCCAGUUCCCCAACAAUGGCUCCUGGAUCGUCAACUUGGUCGAGCGCCGCGAUGGAAGCCUCCUGUUGACCCGGUUGGACACCCCCGAAGUUUGGUCUCUUGAUCCUGCCACCGGAACCGCGGAGCUUGUCCACAGCUUCCCCAUGGUCACCAGCUGCUUCGGCAUCAGCGAGAUCGAGGACGACGUGUUCGCGGUCGUGAUCGGUAACUUCUCCUCCACGACCUACCAGCCCACCCCGGGAUCUUUCGUCGUGCAAAAGAUCGACUUUUCCAACGCGGCGGCGCGAACAGAGGGGGCAAAUGCCGGCCAUACCGUCUCCGAGAUCGCCGCCAUCCCGGAGGCCGUCGCUUUGAACGGUAUGACCAGCUUCACCCGGGAGUCUCACUUGGUCUUGAUUGCGGACAGUCCCGUGGGUCUUGGCUGGAAGCUGAACACGCAGAGCGGCGAGUACUCGGUGGCACUGAACAACACCAAGCUUCGUCCUGCAGAGGGCCAGGCUCUGCCCUUGGGAGUCAACGGUCUCAAGGUUCUUAACGACUACGUCUACUACUCCAGCACGACCCGUAUGGAAUUCGGCCGUGUCAAGGUCAACUCAGAGGCGAUGCCGGUUGGUGACUAUGAGACUAUCGCCAGUGGAUUCCUGCCCGAUAACUUUGAUGUUGCCUCCGAUGGCACAGCCUAUAUCGCGACCGAUCCCCAGAACUCGGUCGUCCGCAUCACUCCUUCUGGUCAGAUCGCCCUCGUGGGUGGUGGUCAACUCUCCACGCAAAUGCCCGGUGCGACAUCUUGCCGUCUUACCAGUGAUGAAAAGACCGUCUAUGUCGGUACCAGCGGUGGUCAGGUUGCUCCUGUCCUGGGUCAAUUUAUGGAGCCCGCCAAGGUUGUGAAGAUCACUUUCAACUAA